AUGGCUCCUCACGCAAACGAUCCGAUUCCAGACUCUGGCGUCGACCUCAUCCAGCACGACGGCAAGAAACACGGAGACUGGCGCGACGACUUUCACCGCGAUGGAUUCGCCAUCAUCAAGAAUGUCGUCGAUUCAGAGAGGGCCGGAUACUACCGUCAGAAGCAGAUCGAGUGGCUCCAAAGUUUUGGCCUGGGAUUCGACCCCAACGACGAAUCGACCUGGACGAGCGAACACUUGCCUGUUUCCUUCAAAGGCGGAAUGUACUUCUCGUACUGCUCAAGUCACGAGAAGUUUGUAUGGGAAGCCAGGUUGGAGCCGAAGGUGCAACAAGUUUUCCAACAGCUGUGGGGAACGGACGAACUUCUGUCUUCCUUCGACGGCAUGAACAUCACUCUUCCGAGGCAAAAGGAUCUCACAUGGAGUCCCUGGCCACACUGCGAUCAAAGUCCAGAGCGCAAAGGAAUGCAGUGCGUUCAGGGUCUCCUCAACUAUCAGCCAAACGGUCCCAAUGAUGGCGGCUUGAUUGUAAUGAAAGGAAGCAGCAAACUGUUCGACCAGUUCUUCGCCGAGAAGAGAGAGCAAGACGACCACGAGGAUAAGCCUCCAGAGGAAGCAAACUUCAAGGAUCUCUUCAUCUUCAGGGAGCAAGAUGUGCAAUGGUUCAAAGACCAUGGUUGUGAACUGGUCAAGGUGAAUAUGGAGCCUGGAGACAUGGCUGUCUGGGAUUCCCGCACUAUGCAUUAUGCCUGCUUCCCGCAGGGAGAUCUCAUCCGGCAUGUGCAAUAUGUCUGCAUGACUCCUGCCAAGUUUGCCAAACCAGACGAUCUGAAGCUAAAAGGCGAGCUCUUCAAGAGGUGGCAAGGCACUACCCACUGGCCACAUUGCAACAUUCGCGAGACUGGCUUGCCCAUGAGGAAUGGUGAAGUCGAUCCUCUGAACCGCACUGAGCCCCUGGAGAAGCCUGAAAUCAACAAGCGAAUGCUACAGCUCGCCGCAGUGGAGGCUUACUGAUCGAGAGAGUUUGUUCGGAUAUGAUCGAGAUCCGUUGCUUGCAGAUUCCUGCCUCUUCUCUAGUUGCCGAUAACACAGUUACGAGGCUCUGUGGCUACCACGUAGACAUUGUGCUGACAAGAGACCGUUGCAGCUUCGAGAUCGAGACCUGAGUGACUUCCACUUAACGACGGUAGAAUGUAUCUUGAAUCAAAUUGUGAUUAGAGAAUCG